GAUGUUUUUUAUCAUUAUACUUAUUUAUCAGGUUUUCAAGCUUGGUUGUAAAAUGACUACUAUAAUUAAGACAACAUGUCGGAAAUUUCCUCGUAUAAAAGCAGUCCGAGCUUACAUUUCUGACAACAAUGCCAGUGAUGACAAAGGAAAGGACCAAGGAGCAGACUGUUAUGACGUUGAUGAUAAACACUGGAUUAAUGGAUAUCCAACACCAAUUGCAAAUCCUAUGUCGGGAUAUGAUCAGUAUGCAGCCACAUGGAAAUCAUGGGGCAUUAACGCACUUGGCUCCUUAGUUGUCGAAGUUGAAGCCACUGACGGUACGACUGGUGUGGGGAUCUCAAUCGGUGGAGAACCUGGAUGCUACAUAGUGGAACAUCAUCUUAGUCGAUUCAUUGAAGGUCAGGACCCCAGAGAUGUUGAACUUAUGUGGGACCAGAUGUUUCGGGCGACGUGGAAUUACGGUAGGAAAGGGCUAUCGGUUCAAGCAAUAAGCGCAGUUGAUCUUGCGCUUUGGGAUUUGAUUGGAAAAAUUAGACAAGAGCCAGUAUAUGCCUUGCUUGGCGGUAAAACUAAACAGAGACUCCCUGUUUAUUGCACGACUACGCGACCAGACAUUGCAAAAGAGCUUGGAUUUGUAGGGGCAAAGGUUUCGUGUCCUUAUGGGCCAUCAGCUGGUGAUGAAGGUUUUCGAAAGAAUGUAGAAUUUUUCAAGAACUGGCGGGAAAAGGUCGGACCUGAUUUUCCUUUAAUGUUAGACUGUUACAUGGCAUUGACUGUACCGUAUUCUAUCAAACUCGCAAAAGCACUAGAAACAUAUGGACUGAAGUGGAUCGAAGAAUUUCUUCCGCCAGAUAAUUACACCGGAUACAGCGAUGUUCGUGAUUCAAUGCGCGGCAGCACUGUCCUUCUUACUACAGGGGAGCAUGAGUACAGCAGAUAUGGAUUUGAACAGUUGAUUUCAAGAGGAUGUGUAGAUAUUCUUCAGCCAGACAUCACUUGGCUCGGAGGUAUUACCGAAGCACGUAGGAUAUGCGCAAUGGCAUCUCCUUAUGAUAUUAUGGUAAUUCCUCAUAUAUCAAGUGUGUAUUCAUACCAUCUACAAUAUGCUUUUCAAAACUGUCCAAUUGCUGAAUUUAUCAAUUUAAGUCCAAAGGCUGAUACAAUAUCCCCAUUCUUUAGUGGUCUUUUCCUAGACGAACCUCUGCCAGCUAACGGAUUCAUUGAUUUACCAGAUCGUCCUGGAUUUGGUGUAACUCUUUGUCGCGAUACACUCAGACGUCCCUAUCAGAGAACAGAGGAACAAAGCCAAGAACAAGCAGACCGAAAUAUUAAGAAGGCUGUUGUGGAAAAAGCGCAUAUGCCAUUUUAA